ACUGGGACGUUUUAUAAAAAUACUUCCUUGUGUCUUAUCAGUAAAGUAGUGUAGCUACGCCCCCCAAGCUCACAGUUGAGCUCAAACGAUAUCACGUGCUAAGGAUGAAGAGCACGAUGAACAACAUCUUGACGUUGCUGCUCGCCUUGGCUCUAUGGGGUGUGCAGGACACAUCUGCAGACAGACAUUCUUUGAAAUUCUUCCUCACGGCAACUUCUGGUGUGAAAAACUUCCCCGAGCUUGUGAGCACUGCUGAGGUGGACGGCGUCCGGGUGGGCUACUCCGAUAGCGACAUCCAGUCGGUGAAACCCAAACAGGAAUGGAUGCAGCAGCUGGUCCGGGAUUUUCCGAAACACCUGGACUGGUACAAGUACAGGUGCUUACACUACCAGCUCGUCUACAGGGAUUUCCUCAAGGAUUUGAGUCCCCGCUUAAACCAGUCUGGAGGCAGCCAUGUUUUCCAGCGGAUGAGCGGUUGCGAAAUUGACGAUGAGAGCGGCGAGGUCGUGGGCUACAACCAAUUCGGCUUUGACGGAGAAGACUUCAUCGUGCUGGACCUGGAGACGCUGACGUGGAUGGCGCCCUCCCCCCAGGCCUUCACCACCAAGCUUAUUUGGGACAGGGAGAAGGAGAGACUGGAGCACAACAGAGACUACUAUAAAGUCACGUGCCCGGAGUGGCUGAAGAUGUACGUGGACUAUGGGAAGAGUGUCCUGCAGAAAAAAGAGCUUCCCUCGAUGGCUCUCCUCCAGAAGACACCCACCUCGAUGGUCUGUUGCCACGCCACGGGCUUUUACCCCAGACUAGCCAUGAUGUUCUGGAGGAGAGGCGGCGAGGAGAUCCACGAACAUAUGGAACAUGGCGAGCUCCUGCCCAACCAUGAUGGAACCUUCCAGAUGAGCGUGAACCUGAACGUGUCAGCGGUGCCGCUCGCUGAGUGGCCCGAUUACGAGUGUGUUUUUCAGUUCGGUGGUGUCAAGGAGCAGCUGGUCAUCAAACUGGACCAAGACGCCAUCCAAAGCAACUGGAUUCCUCCCCAAAAGGUUCCGGCCGCUGUGGUCAUCGGAGGCGUGGUCGGGUUACUGCUGAGCCUUCUGGCGGCCGCCGCCGCCGUGGGAUGUUACAUCCGGAAAAGAAACGCUAACGGCGAAUUUCAGGCUGUUGACGCGGGCCCGGAAUUCGCCCAAUCCCACGUAGACGGCGGGCGAACGCCAUUUAAGUGAACUUGAUUGAUCUGCAUCGAGGGAGUACACAAUUCUUUGUGUGUGAUAUCUAGUUAUCAUAUCAAGGGAAAAACAAUUUGUUGGGAGCUAAUUUUUGGUUAUCCUUUUUCACAAUCUUACAUUUUAAUUCAAUGUUUUCUCAUGCAUAUCGUUGGACACCUCUACUUGAUAAACCAAUGACAAUUCGCAUACGGGGAUUAAGGCCCCCCCCCGAAAUGUAAACAAGAUGGAACUGCAUGCUGUCUGCAUUGCAUCGGAAGACAUUAAAUACAAUUCAAAUAAAACUUUCAAGACUAUGA